CAUUGCUAUCCGCCAUUUUGCUUGGUCGGGAGUGAACGGAAAACAGCUUUAUUUAUUGUAAUGUGGUGAUUUUGAAGUAAAGUUAAACAAAAAACAGUGUUUCAACACACUAAUGGCUUGCUUGAAUACCCUAAAGCUAGAAAUAAAGACUUUAGAACAAGUGUUUCCGAAAAAUCAUGAGCGGUUUCAGAUAAUGUCAGCCAGUGUCGACGAGCUGACCUGCAGAUUCGUUGGCAAAAAUGGAAAGAAAUACGAAAUUCAUGCGAAUAUCACAGAAACAUACCCCACUACACCUCCAGUCUGGUUUGCCGAUAGUGAAGAUUUAAUUGUUACAAAUGCUGUUCAGAUCCUCAGUAAUACACAGGGAAGGGAUAAUCAUGUUAUAAAUCAGGUUGGUAUAUUAUUGCGAGAACUAUGCAAGUUACAUGGAGUCCCUGAGCCCCCAGAUUUGGAUUCCCUGUCAUUGCCCCUACAUCCAAUGCCACACCAGAGAGUACAAAGUUGUACAUCUAAUGGUGCAGAAUCUGGUACAGAAGAAGAUGAAGAAAUGCCUGUGGAAGAUGAUGACUCAGAAGGAGAGGAUGACUUGCCAUUAGAAAUGGUGGAUGAUGCCGGUAGAAGCAACAAGGAGGAAAUGGAAACAGAGCAUUUAGCAACAUUGGAGCGACUGAGACAAAAUCAAAGACAGGAUUAUUUGGCUGGAAGUGUUUCUGGAAGCUUACAGGCAACUGAUCGACUUAUGAAAGAACUUAGAGAUAUUUAUAGAUCACACUCAUUUAAAAGUAACAUGUACUCAAUAGAAUUGAUUAAUGACUCGCUAUAUGAAUGGAAUAUCCGUUUAAGAUCUGUAGAUCCUGACAGCCCUUUACACAAUGAUUUAUUACUCCUGAAAGAGAAGGAGGGCAAAGACUCAAUUUUACUCAACAUUAUGUUUAAAGAAACAUAUCCAUUUGAGCCACCUUUUGUUCGAGUUGUCUACCCAAUUAUAUCAGGAGGUUAUGUACUUGUGGGUGGUGCAAUAUGUAUGGAGCUGUUAACAAAACAGGGCUGGUCUUCAGCAUACACAGUCGAAGCGGUUAUAAUGCAGAUAGCUGCCACAUUAGUUAAGGGCAAAGCACGCAUCCAGUUUGGUGCGACUAAACUAGUGUCACAGUCGCAGUACAGCCUUGCGCGUGCGCAACAAAGCUUUAAGUGCCUAGUGCAGAUACAUGAAAAGAAUGGCUGGUUCACACCACCCAAGGAGGACGGUUAAUGCUUAUAAAGUUAACCAAGACAAAUGUGCCGCGACAUACUAUCCAAAAAAUGUAUGCUUUGACAUGUGAGAUUGAUUGAUUCCAUUAUGUUUAAUGAGGAAAGUAUGUAUCACACUUCGCUGUGUAUUGAUUGACUGUACAUGACCGGUAUGUUAUAAGUGCUAAUCAUCUGUGAAGUGUUUCACGAGAGACUUAUAAGACUUAUAGGAAAUGUUUAAUGUGUAAUGUUUUUUGUAAUCAUUAAUUUUUCUCGUAAAGUUAUGGAUAUGUGUAGUAUUAGACGUUGGAGUGUAAAGUUGAAAGUCUUUGCAUUUCUUUUUAGUUAUCGGAAUAAAAAAACCUGUGAUUCGUAACGAG